AUGAAAUCGUUGCUUUUUUUGUUGUUAGCGUUUUGUGUAUUAGGGUAUAUCACCCAGAUUCCGAUUGAUGUUUUUAAAGAAGACACAAACAAUUACAGGCCUCAAGGUGAUGCGUUUUUAGCUCAAGCGAAACGAAACGAGAAGUUCAAAGAGGAUAUGGACAAGCUUAUAAAAGAAGCCACCGAAUCUGUACAGAAGAUGCAAAAAGCUCGUGAGGACAAAGCAAUCAAAGCGCAGCAAGUGAAGAUGAAUGGUGGUUCACUCGUUUAA